UGUAUACCAACAGGGUAAAGUGCAUACUGGUUGACUGCUGAUGUAGAUGGGUUGCCAUGUUUGACAGCUAGUGAAAGGGAAUUCAUUUGUGUUUAUGGUGAAAAAAUUGUGCCAGGGUGAUGAAAGGAAUUUUGCGGUUUGAAUGAUUUGUACAAUUUAAUGGUGAUUUGACAUCUAUUGGUGUGAUUGAACUGGGAUAUUGAGAUGAACAUUUGCAGUAUGAUUUAGCAUACUUCAAAUUGAAGAUCCAACAUAUGUUAAUGUGAUUAAAUGUCUUGCAAUGACAAUCCAAUGUGAUUCAAAACAUCCAUCCAACAACAUUGAACACCAGUAAGUAUGACCGCACAUCUUCCUAUGUGAUUGGUUAACAUCAAAUGUGAUUGGUUAACAUCAAAUGUGAUUGAACACAAUGAAAUGAAAUUUUAAAACAUCUAAUGUGAUUGAACAAACAUCUACCAUUAUGAUUGAACACGAUCAAAUGCAGUUUUUAAAAAUCUUCCAAUGUGCUUAAAUAUCUUCCAAUAUGAUUAAACACUUUUCAACAUGAUUGAAAAUCUAUGAGCGAACACAAAAUGAUUGAUUUGUUCCACAAGUUACAAAAGUUUUAAACAUUUUGGAGAACGUUUGGAACCUACAUCUUGCAAGACAAAUGGAGAAUGCAGUGAUAGAAGACGACAUUCCUGAUGGAGACUCUGAUGAGGAGAGUGAUGACAUUGAUCCUAGAAUCCAGGCUGAGUUAAACCAGCUGAAUUUGGCGAGCUCAGAAAUCAACAGGCUCGAAAAUGAACUGGAUGAGGCGAGAACAAAGUACCGCACCAUCGUGUCUGGAGCCUCAUUGCAGAUGGACCCCAUUGCAAAAGAUCAGAAAAGAUGCAUCCAGAAAUCUCGAGAAUACUACAAGACUGUUGCUGAGGCUAAAGUGGCCCAGAGUGAGGCCCUGAAGGCGGCCAGGCAGUUCCAGACGGCUAUGGGAAUCUACAAGGCUGCUAAGGAGACGGUGGCACUGGCCGAGAGGCGGCUGUGCGAGGAGGAAUACCAGGGGACGACACAGCUCACGUCUGCCUGGCAGGAGACACUCAACCAUGCAGUGUCAAAGAUUAUGGAUGCAGAACGGGAAAAGACACGAAGUGAGCAGGAGCACAAACAGCGCUCCAAAAAGUUUGCCGAGCUUGAGAGCCGGUUACAGGUGCUAGAGAAAAAGUACUCGAGAUCCAUCAAGAAGGCGAGACCCUACUUUGAACUCAAGUCAGAACUGGAUGUCAAACUGAUGCAACAAAAGCAGAACGUCAUAGACCUGCAGGCAGCUAUCCGUUGUCAGAAGCAGAAAUACACCUCAUCUCUACGGAAAUUAGAGAGUAUCUCGGAGGAGAUCCACCAGCAUAGAAACCAACGUCUGUGGGCGAAAAUUCCCAGAAUGCCUGGUGUUGGAUCCGACGGCAGCAUAGAUUCCACGUUUGUUGAUUUGGAAUCAUUAAACUCGGGAUGCAGCGACACAGUCGAUGAUUUCGAAACGGAAUCUGACCUUAGUCGAACCAACAGCACCAGUGACUAUGUGAGUGAUAUAAUGGGCGAUCUUGAACUAAGUGCCGAGGCAGGACCAUCUAGCAAUGCUUCUGCCAGUGGACAUUUUGAAGACAUCUGCUUGAGUGACAGUGAAAAAAUGGGUAGUAAAACUUUGACAGAAUGUCGCAGGUCUGUGAAUUGUGAUGGAGGUGUAGAUGGAGGAUAUAAUGGUGAGAGAACAAUUUAUGAACGAGUACAGGAGGGUGAUCAGUAUCGAGAUAGGAAUAAGACACUGGUUGAAAGAACAUGGGAUGAGGUGGAUAUUAGUUAAUACAGAAAUUGGUCUUCUGAUCUUGAUGAGGAAACAGCAUCUAGCAUGAUGCUUCAACCUUUGUUAUCUUAUAUUGGAUGAAGGAUUUUUUGGACUCAGCAUCUAGAACAAUGCUUCAAUCAUUGUUAUCUUAUCUUAGAUGAAGGAUUUUGUGGAUUUAUCAUCUAGAACGAUGCUUCAACCUUUGUUAUCUGAUCUUGGAUGAAGGGUUUUGUGGACUCAGCAUCUAGAACAAUGUUUCUACCGUUGUUAUCUUAUCUUGGAUGAAGGAUUUUGUGGACUAAUCAUCUAGAACGAUGCUUCAACCUUUGUUAUCUUAUCUUGGAUAUAGGAUUUUGUGGACACAGCAUCUAGAAUAAUGUUUCAACAUUUGUUAUCUUAACUUGGAUAAAGGAUUGUGUUUGGACAACGAUUUAUAGUUGAGUGUGUUUCCAGCAAGUGUUGCCGGAACAUUUUACUGAUAUUGUGAUAAAACCGUGCACAUGGUUGUUUCAGGAACAUAGUAAUGAUUUUGUUGUAGAACAAAAAUAUGUGAUACUUGCUGAAACCUUUGAAAGUGUUGUUCAAAUGUAAUAAUGUGUUUUUGAUAAUGUAUUUGGGUAAGGAAUAUUGUUAUGUAAUUAGGGCAGAAUAAUGUUAAGAUAUGCAUUUGGCAAGAACAUUCAAGCUGUGACAGUGUGAUGAAUAUUUAAGCUGUGACAGUGACAUAAACAUUUAAGCUGUGACAGUGACAUGAACAUUUUAGCUGAUACAGUGUGAUGAAUAUUUAAGUUUUGACAGUGACAUGAACAUUUAAGCUGACAGUGACAGGAACAUUUAAGCUGAGACAGAGACAUGAACAUUUAAGCUGAGACAGUGACAUGAACAUUUAAGCUUUGACAGAGACAUGAACAUUUAAGCUGUGACAGAGACAUGAACAUUUAAGCUGAGACAGUGACAUGAACAUUUAAGCUGAGACAGAGACAUGAACAUUUAAGCUGAGACAGAGACAUGAACAUUUAAGCUGUGACAGAGACAUGAACAUUUAAGCUGCAACAGAUGCAUGAACAUUAAAGCUGUGACAGAGACAUGAACAUUUAAGCUGAGACAGAGACACGAACAUUUAAGCUGUGACAGGGACAGUAACAUUUAAGCUGUUACAGAGACAUGAACAUUUAAGCUGUGACAGAGACAUGAACAUUUAAGCUGUGACAGAGACAUGAACAUUUAAGCUGUGAUGGUAACAUAAAUAUUUAAGUUGUGACAGUGACAUGAACAUUUAAGCUGUGACAGUGAUAUAACAUUUAAGCUUUGAUGGUGGUAUGAACAUUUAAGCAUUUGCAACAAAAAUGUCUUAGAAUGAUAGUUAUAUUUGGUGCUUUUGGCAGGAACAAUAAACAGUGAUAGCCAUUAAAAUAUUUUGUCUGCGAUUUAAGCAGGUACAUUUAGCAUGGAUUCUGUCGUAUUGGAACAUUUACUGUAACUUACAGCAAGAACUGUUCAGUUUUUCUGAUUUUGUGUUAAACAAUAUAAGUGCAAUACUAGAAUACAAUUUUAUGUAAUAUUUUUUUGUCAUUAUUUUUACAUUUAUGAUUUUGCUGACAUGUCUGUGGACAUUACAUAAUAAAACAAGAUUCAGUGAAACAAAA